UUUAUUCUUUACUUCUAAGAUCUAUUUAACUGCUUAGGUUACGAGCACCACAACUUUGGGGUUUCUCCAUUCUAGCUUCUUAAGCAAGCACGGUCUUCUUCCUCGUCGCUUUAGUUUGCGCCAGCUCGUCUCCCUCUCGGCUGGACGAAUUCUUCACCGUUAUCACCUCGCUAGGUUCGCCAAUCACUGAAAGCCUAUUUCGUUCUAUCUUUGUUGACAAGAAUGGCUCCGGAUCCAAACAGCAAUGGUGGUGCUGGCAGUGGCAAACGAGAAGAAACCUCGAUUAAGGUUCCAUCCAAGGAUCUCAAAAAGAAGGACGAGAAGAAGGAUGAAGAUCUGUCAGAUGAAGACCUAGCGCUGAAGCAGCAGUUGGAGCUAUAUGUGGAAAGGGUUCAGGACCCUGAUCCUGGCCUCCAGAAAGUUGCUCUUGAGAGCAUGAGGCAAGAAAUUCGAACUGCUACAAGUUCCAUGACUUCAGUUCCUAAGCCAUUGAAAUUUCUUCGUCCGCAUUAUGGGGCUCUAAAGGCAUUCUAUGAGACGAUGAAAGAUUCAGAUCUGAAGAAAUACUUGGCAGAUAUUCUUUCUGUCUUGGCCUUAACAAUGUCAGCUGAGGGAGAACGGGAGAGCUUAAAGUACAGAUUACUGGGUUCAGAAGCUGACAUUGGCUCAUGGGGCCACGAGUAUGUGAGGAACUUGGCUGGGGAGAUUGCCCAAGAGUAUGCAAAACGCCAGAGUGAAGAGGCGCCCAUUGAUGAUCUAAUGGAUCUCGUUCAACAAAUUGUGGCUUUUCAUAUGAAGCACAAUGCUGAACCUGAGGCUGUUGAUUUGUUGAUGGAAGUUGAAGACCUUGAUCUCUUACUUGAGCAUGUUGACAGUACAAAUUUCAAAAGGACAUGUUUAUACCUCACAAGUGCAGCAAGAUAUCUCCCUGGGCCAGAUGACAUGUUAGUUCUAGAUAUUGCUUACAUGAUCUAUGUCAAAUUUGAGGAGUAUACAAAUGCACUUCAGAUAGCGCUAUUUCUUGACAACUUGCAGUACGUGAAGCAGGUCUUUACAUCGUGCGAUGACUUGUCACGAAAGAAACAGUUCUGCUACAUCCUUGCCCGACAUGGCACUACCUUCGAGCUAGAUGAUGAUAUGGUGGUAGAGGAUGAUGAUAGAGAAGCACUACAGGAUAUCAUAAAUAAUGCUAAACUUAGUGAAGGUUAUCUUACCCUUGCUCGUGAUAUUGAGGUUAUGGAGCCAAAGUCUCCUGAAGAUAUCUAUAAGGCUCACUUGCUUGAUGGCCGGGCUAGUGCUGGUGCAAGUGUUGAUUCAGCCAGACAGAACUUGGCUGCUACCUUUGUUAAUGCAUUUGUAAAUGCUGGUUUUGGUCAGGAUAAGCUGAUGACGGUCCCAUCUGACUCCUCGAGUGGUUCUUCGGGAAAUUGGCUCUUCAAAAAUAAAGAGCAUGGCAAGGCCAGUGCUGCAGCCAGUCUGGGAAUGAUUUUGUUGUGGGAUGUUGACUCCGGUCUAGCUCAAAUUGAUAAAUAUUUCCAUAGCAGUGACAAUCAUGUGAUUGCUGGCGCGUUAUUAGGAGUUGGAAUUGUAAAUUGCAGCAUAAAGAAUGAUUGCGAUCCAGCACUGGCUCUUCUAGGUGAUUACGUUGAUAAAGAAGAUUCAUCUAUCCGAAUUGGUGCAAUAAUGGGCCUGGGAAUUACAUAUGCUGGUUCUCAGAAUGAGCAGAUACGGAGCAAGUUGUCUCCUAUUCUGAAUGAUGCAAAAGCCCCACUUGAUGUUAUUGCAUUUACAGCAAUCUCGUUAGGAUUGGUAUAUGUGGGUUCCUGCAAUGAGGAAGUUGCACAGGCUAUAAUAUUUGCAUUAAUGGAUCGUAGUGAGUCAGAAUUGAAUGAGCCGCUAACAAGGCUUUUGCCUCUUGGUCUUGGUCUUCUAUACCUUGGGAAACAGGAGAGUGUGGAGGCUACAGCUGAAGUUUCAAAGACUUUUAAUGAAAAGAUAAGAAAAUACUGUGACAUGAUAUUGCUUUCCUGUGCCUAUGCUGGGACUGGGAAUGUCCUGAAGGUUCAAAACCUUCUAGGUCAUUGUGCACAACAUCUUGAGAAAGGAGAAACCCACCAAGGACCUGCCGUGCUUGGAAUUGCUAUGGUGGCCAUGGCUGAAGAAUUGGGUCUUGAAAUGGCAAUUCGGUCGUUGGAGCACCUUUUGCAGUAUGGGGAGCAAAAUAUUCGUAGAGCAGUUCCUUUGGCUCUUGGACUUCUUUGUAUAUCAAAUCCGAAGGUUAAUGUAAUGGACACCUUAAGCAGAUUGAGCCAUGAUACAGAUUCAGAAGUUGCGAUGGCGGCAGUCAUAUCCUUGGGUCUAAUAGGGGCUGGGACCAACAAUGCUCGAAUUGCUGGCAUGCUUCGCAAUCUUUCAAGCUAUUACUACAAAGAUGCCUGUCUUCUU